CCUUCUCGUUCUCAACCCUCUUCUCUCUUGACAGUCAUUAUCCCAAAAUAGAGAGAGAGAGAGAGAGAGAGAGAGAGAGAGAUGGAAGAGACAAAGUCGAGAUUCAAGAGGAUUUGUGUGUUCUGUGGGAGCAGUUCAGGGAAGAAAGCUAGUUACCAAGAAGCUGCUGUUGAACUUGGGAAGGAACUGGUGGAGAGAAGGAUUGAUUUGGUCUAUGGAGGUGGGAGCGUGGGAUUGAUGGGACUUGUUUCUCAGGCUGUUCAUGAUGGUGGGCGUCAUGUUGUAGGAGUCAUUCCAAGGAGUCUAAUGCCUAGAGAGAUAACUGGAGAAACUGUUGGUGAAGUGAGAGCUGUAUCUGAUAUGCACCAGAGGAAAGCUGAAAUGGCUCGUCAAGCCGAUGCCUUCAUUGCCCUCCCCGGUGGAUAUGGCACUCUAGAAGAACUGCUCGAAGUCAUUACGUGGGCUCAACUUGGAAUUCACCGCAAACCCGUGGGGCUCUUGAAUGUUGAUGGGUACUAUAAUUCCUUAUUGUCUUUCAUUGAUAAGGCCGUUGAUGAAGGCUUUAUUUCACCAAUUGCCCGUCGCAUUAUCGUCUCUGCACCAACAGCUAACCAAUUGUUCAGACAGCUCGAGGAAUAUGUUCCGGAGUACGAUGAAAUAACAUCGAAGCUGGAUUGGGAAGAAGAGGUGGACAGACUAAAUUAUGCGUCCGAAUCAGGCGGUCGGGUUGCUACGUGAUCUGUUUGCAUGAAUCAUGCAUGCAUGCAUACAACUUACAAGGCUUCGUUUUUGGGUCUGCAAGCUAAUUAGUAUAUAGUAGUUUUAUACGGUUUUCCAGUACCGUAAUUCUAAAGCAAACAGCUUGAUCUUUUAGGUUUUUUCUUUCAUUUUGGAGCUGGACCAGCAUAGUUUCUGAUCAUGUAUACGUGUCUGAAGGGAAAAAGAAAAGUUUCGUACCUAAUCCUUUGCGAUACCUGCUGGAAGAAUCAAAGCUAGCCUUUUUGCUUC